AGGAACUAGGGCUGGGAGUCGGCAAAGGAGCAGGAGUAGGGCCAUGCCUGAGCCACCCCCAAGAGCCUUCUGAGUGAGUCCGCACCCCUGUCACAACCCAUCCAGGUGGUCCCCAGGAGCCCGGACACCAUCUCCCACCAUGGGCAGCAAGGAGCGUUUCCACUGGCAAAGCCACAACGUGAAACAGAGUGGCGUGGAUGACAUGGUGCUGCUGCCCCAGAUCACAGAGGACGCCAUCGUGGCCAACCUUCGCAAGCGUUUCAUGGAUGACUACAUCUUUACAUACAUCGGCUCCGUGCUUAUCUCUGUGAACCCCUUCAAGCAGAUGCCCUACUUCACUGACCGCGAGAUAGACCUCUACCAGGGCGCGGCCCAGUACGAGAAUCCCCCGCACAUCUACGCCCUCACCGACAACAUGUACCGGAACAUGCUCAUCGACUGCGAGAACCAGUGUGUCAUUAUCAGUGGAGAGAGCGGAGCUGGGAAGACAGUGGCCGCCAAAUACAUCAUGGGCUACAUCUCUAAGGUGUCUGGUGGGGGAGAGAAGGUCCAGCACGUCAAGGACAUCAUCCUGCAGUCAAAUCCACUGCUAGAGGCCUUUGGCAACGCCAAGACUGUGCGCAACAACAAUUCCAGCCGCUUUGGCAAGUACUUCGAGAUUCAGUUCAGCCGAGGUGGGGAGCCAGAUGGGGGCAAGAUCUCCAACUUCUUGCUGGAGAAGUCUCGCGUGGUCAUGCAGAAUGAGAAUGAGAGGAACUUCCAUAUCUACUACCAGCUCCUGGAAGGGGCCUCCCAAGAGCAAAGGCAGAACCUGGGGCUCAUGACACCUGACUACUAUUACUACCUCAACCAAUCGGACACCUACAAGGUAGAUGGAACUGAUGACCGGAGCGACUUCAAUGAGACCCUGAGUGCCAUGCAGGUCAUUGGGAUCCCUCCCAACAUCCAGCAAUUGGUCCUGCAGCUCGUGGCCGGGAUCUUGCACCUGGGGAACAUCAGCUUCUGUGAAGAGGGGAAUUAUGCCCGAGUGGAAAGUGUGGACCUCCUGGCCUUUCCUGCCUACCUGCUGAGCGUUGACAGUGGGCGACUACAGGAGAAGCUGACCAGCCGUAAGAUGGACAGCCGCUGGGGUGGACGAACUGAGUCCAUUGACGUGACCCUCAACGUGGAACAGGCAGCCUACACCCGAGAUGCCCUGGCCAAGGGACUCUAUGCCCGCCUCUUUGACUUCCUGGUGGAGGCAAUCAACCGCGCCAUGCAGAAGCCCCAGGAAGAGUACAGUAUUGGUGUGCUUGACAUCUAUGGCUUCGAGAUCUUCCAGAAAAAUGGCUUUGAGCAAUUCUGCAUCAACUUCGUCAACGAAAAGCUCCAACAAAUCUUCAUCGAGCUCACCCUGAAGGCAGAGCAGGAGGAGUAUGUGCAAGAGGGCAUCCGCUGGACCCCCAUUGAGUAUUUCAACAACAAAGUCGUCUGUGACCUCAUCGAAAACAAGCUGAGCCCCCCAGGUAUCAUGAGCGUGCUGGACGACGUGUGCGCCACCAUGCAUGCCACAGGCGGCGGUGCAGACCAGACAUUACUGCAGAAGCUGCAGGCGGCUGUGGGCACCCAUGAGCACUUCAAUAGCUGGAGCUCUGGCUUCGUCAUCCACCACUAUGCUGGCAAAGUCUCCUACGACGUCAGUGGCUUCUGUGAGAGAAACAGAGAUGUUCUCUUCUCGGAUCUUAUAGAACUGAUGCAGACUAGUGAGCAGGCCUUCCUCCGGAUGCUCUUUCCUGAGAAGCUGGAUGUAGAUAAGAAGGGCCGCCCCAGCACCGCUGGCUCCAAGAUCAAGAAACAAGCCAAUGACCUGGUGGCCACACUGAAGAGGUGCACACCCCACUACAUCCGCUGCAUCAAACCCAAUGAGACCAAGCGACCCCGAGACUGGGAAGAGAGCAGGGUCAAACACCAGGUGGAAUACCUGGGCCUCAGGGAGAACAUCCGCGUGCGCAGAGCUGGCUUCGCCUACCGCCGCCAGUUCUCAAAGUUCCUGCAGAGGUAUGCCAUUCUGACCCCCGAGACAUGGCCACGGUGGCGUGGGGACGAACGCCAGGGCGUCCAGCACCUGCUUCGGGCAGUCAAUAUGGAACCAGACCAGUACCAGAUGGGGAGCACCAAGGUCUUUGUCAAGAACCCAGAGUCGCUUUUCCUGCUGGAGGAGAUGCGAGAGCGGAAGUUUGAUGGCUUUGCCCGCACCAUCCAGAAGGCCUGGCGUCGCCACAUAGCAGUCCGGAAAUAUGAGGAGAUGCGGGAGGAAGCUUCCAACAUCCUGCUCAACAAGAAGGAACGGAGACGGAACAGCAUCAACCGAAACUUUGUGGGGGACUACCUGGGGCUGGAGGAAUGCCCAGAGCUGCGCCAGUUCCUAGCCAAGAGGGAGCGUGUGGAUUUUGCCGACUCAGUCACCAAGUAUGACCGCCGCUUCAAGCCCAUCAAGCGGGACUUGAUCCUGACACCUAAGUGUGUGUAUGUGAUUGGGCGAGAGAAAGUGAAGAAGGGACCUGAGAAGGGCCAGGUGCGUGAAGUCUUGAAGAAGAAGCUGGACAUACAGGCCCUGCGAGGGAUCUCCCUCAGCACACGACAGGACGACUUCUUCAUCCUCCAAGAGGACACUGCGGACAGCUUCCUGGAGAGUAUCUUCAAGACCGAGUUCCUCAGCCUUCUGUGCAAGCGCUUUGAAGAGGUGGCACGGAGGCCCCUGCCCCUCACCUUCAGCGACACACUACAGUUCCGAGUGAAGAAGGAGGGCUGGGGCGGAGGCGGCACCCGCAGUGUCACCUUCUCCCGUGGCUCCAGCGACCUGGCGGUGCUCAAAGCUAGUGGCCGGACCCUGACUGUCAGCGUGGGUGACGGAUUGCCUAAGAGCUCCAAGCCCACGAGGAAGGGAAUAGCCCAAGGAAGACCCAGAAGGUCAGCCCCAGCUCCUACCAGGGCAGCACCUGGGCCCCCCAGAGGCCUGGAGCGAAAUGGGGUGCCCCCUUCUGCCAGAGGAGGUCCCCUGCCCCUGGAGAUCACAUCUGAAAGGAGCUCCCAGAAGCCUCCCCGAGGCCCUCCAUCCUCAACCCUGGGGGCCAGCAGACGUCCCCGGGCACAGCCACCCUCAGAGCACAACACAGAAUUCCUCAACGUGCCUGACCAGGGAGUAGCAGGUAUGCAGAGAAAGCGCAGUGUGGGACAGAGACCUGUGCCUGGCGUGGGCCGACCCAAGCCCCAACCACGGACACAUGGCCCGAGGUGUCGGGCACUGUACCAAUAUGUAGGCCAAGACGUGGAUGAGCUAAGCUUCAACGUGAAUGAAGUCAUCGAGAUUCUCAUGGAAGAUUCCUCAGGCUGGUGGAAAGGCCGACUGCAUGGUCAGGAGGGUCUCUUCCCAGGAAACUAUGUGGAGAAAAUCUGAACUAGCAGCCUGGGAUUGUGUCCUCCUGCCCGCCCAGGCCCCUGCCUGCCAAGGAACCAGGCCCUACCAGCGGGAGUGUCCAUUGCCUUGGCUGCACUGGCCUGAACAUCCAGGCCUGUGUCCUCCAGCUUGGUAACGGGGGUCACCACUGCAGCACCCCCUGCCAAGACCUGGCCUUCUUCACGUCACACUUGCUGUUGAAGUCUCCGUUUCUUCAUGUGUCCAACAGAAUUACCUGCAGAACCUACCUCCCAGCUGCCGUGUGUGUGUGUGUGUGUGUGUGUGUGUAAUGCAUCAUGCCCUGUCCUGUGGGCAAAAUGCCAGGCACAGUUGGGGUGACAGGACCUUGAUAACUGUGGUCUCCCUCUUUCCUUCAUCAGAGGCAAUAAACAUGUGCCAGGUGAAUGCAGGGAGCAAAUUUCUGCACACCCACAAUAAGACUAUGUGUUCACAGUCCUGUGAAGUGGCCCCCAGCUUUUGUUUUGAUUUUCUGAGAUGGGGCGAUGGCUUUUACUAUGGCACCAAGGCUGACCCUAAACACCUAAGCUCAAAUGAUCCUUCUACUUCAGCCUCCCAAGUACCUGGACCAUAGGUGCAUGCUACCACACCUGGCUAAUUCUCCCAUUUUACAGGUGGAAAAAUAAGAGGUGUGGAGAGAUUCAGUCACUUACCCAAGAUUCCACAGAGCAAAGCAUGGCCAUUCAUCUAUGCCCCUGCUUGAUUUCGCUCCACUUUCUUUUCAGAAACUUCAUCCCAAAUGGUUUAGUGGGUGCUGUUGGCCUCAAAUCUACAGCCCCCAAGCCCAUCCAGUACCUGAGUAGACCGUGGGGAUGAAGGCAGCUUCCCACACGGCUCCCCCGCCCCAGCCACUCUGGGUUACCCAUGGUUCCUGCUUGCCAUCUCACGCCUAUGACCUUUUAGUCUUUGGACAGCCCUUCAAAGAGCAGCCAGUCUGGGAGAGACAGUGCAAGACUAGUGGGGUCAGGACAGGAGGGAUGCAGAGAAGGGUGGUGAGCACCGGUAAGGAGGCCAGGAAGGCUGAAGCUGCUCUGUCUCUGUGGCUCAUGGUGGCAACCACCACACAAGGAUCUAAGCUGGAGCUGGGUGCCUGUGGCCCAUGCCUAUAAUCAUAGCUCUUGGAGACUGAGAUCGGGAGGCUCGUGGUUUGAAGCCAGCCUGGAAAAAUAGUUCACAUGAU